GAACCAAGGGACUAUCAGUGGAUGAAAGAAAAGUAGAAGCAGUGCAUGCAUAUGGAGAAUUGAGGAAUACGACUCACAGUCGUCGCUGGUAUGUACCACUCCGAAACUCCGUUUCGUCGUUCAUACGAGAUAUCCCCCCUUCAUGGGGUUUUUCCUAUACCUAG